GCUCCACUACGCGCAAUAACUUUCUAAUCUCACCCUCAAUAUGUCGGGCCUCGAGAACGCCCUCUUCAACUUAAAGUUCACGGCAAAGUCGCUGAACAGGCAGGCGCUCAAAGCUGGCAAGGAGGAGCAGGCGGAGAAGACGAAGCUCGAAAAGGCUAUGAAGCAAGGCCAUGGAGACAUCGCCCGGCAUAUACGCCCAGAACGCUGUCCGCAAAGCAAGAACGAGAAGCUCAAACCUCCUUAAACUAUCCUCCCCGCGUUGAUGCCGUCGCUGGCCGCGUGCAGACUGCUGUCACCAUGCGACAGAUUACUGGCAAACAUGAUGAAGGUCAACCCGAAGUCUGGACGUGGCUAUGAAGGUCGAUGAGUCCUGAACGGAUUGCAUCCGUCAUGGUUGACUUUGAGAAACAGUUCGAGAACGUCGACUCUGCAACCGAGCUCUACCAAGACAUCACAUCCUCAGCAACCGCUGUCGGCACCCCGCAACGAAGAUGUGGAUCGCUUGAUGGCACAGGCUGCAGACAAGGCCCGGUGUCGAUCUACAGCAAGACCUUCAAGAGGCGACCCCUGCAAAGACAAAAGUCGGUCCGACCGAGCAGGAAGAGGAGGCUUUCACCGAGAGGCUGCGUGCGCUCAGAAACUAGGCUGUAGCGACGAUUGCAUCUAUCUGAGCCACGUAGGCAUUUUAUGGAGUUUUGGCGCUCACUUAAGGGGGCGGUGGUGUUUCCUAGGUGAUCAUCCGAGUGGUAUAUUGUCCACACUUCCUCCGGUUUAUCUUGCUGCGCUCUUAACAGAGAUGGACAGCUCAAAGUUGGCUGAGAAUGACUAUUAACAUCAAUACUCAGGACCGAAACUUUAUCAAAUUCAUCUUUUGACAGGGUCAAAGCCAA